CUUAUAAUGGUUCAUGCUAAUUGCUAUGUCCUCAUUGUUCAAAGAAGGGAAAGAAAUAUGGAGAAAAUAAAGUUUUUAAUAGUUCUGAUACUUCUCGUGCCAUAUGUAAAUGCAGCAUUGUCACGUCCUAAAUGGACUAAAGCUAGCAAGCACUUUGUGCUUGUUCACGGGGCGUGUCACGGAUCCUGGUCCUGGUACAACAUUGUGGCAUUGUUAAGAUCUUCAGAGCAUAAUGUCACAGCUCUUGACUUGGGUGCUUCAGGCAUAAACCCGAAGCAGAUUCUCGAAAUCCCACAUUUAUCUAAUUACUUCAGUCCACUAAUGGAGUUCAUGGCUUCUCUUCCAGCAAACAAAAGGGUGGUUCUUGUAGGCCAUAGCCUUGGCGGAUUUGUCAUAUCUAAAGCCAUGGAAAGCUUUCCAGAAAAUAUUUUAGUUUCUAUAUUUGUCAUAGCUGGAAUGCCUGGUCCAACUCUCAAUGCCACCACUAUCUAUAGCAAGGGUAAUCGACUACUAGCAUCUCAACUUGAUAAUCGUGUUACAUAUGACAAUGGACCCAACAAUCCUCCAACAACCUUCAACUUUGGUCCAAAGUACUUGGCAAGCAAUCUUUAUCAGUUGAGCCCAAUUCAGGAUUGGGCAUUGGCGACUAUGCUAGUAAGGCCACGAUAUUUAUACAGUUUGGAGGACAUAUCAAAAGAGAUGGUUCUUUCAAGCAAAAGGUAUGGAUCGAUUAGGCGGGUGUUUGUUGUGGCUGCUGAAGAUAAACAACUAAAGAAGGAAUUCCAACAAUGGAUGAUUGAAAAGAAUCCCCCCGAUGAAGUGGAAGAGAUACCGGGUGCUGAUCACAUGGUCAUGAUGUCUAAGCCCCUUCAACUUUUCACUCUUCUUUUGCGCAUUGCUCACAAGUGACAAGCUAUCUCGGUUAGCUUAUCCCAGCUUGACAUUCCAUAUUCAAGAAUAAAGCAUAAUCGCAAAUAACAUGUAAACAUUUCUUUCUUCAUUCAUGCAAUAUUGUUGGAUCAGCUUUCACCCAUUGUCCGAGCCAUGUAGUAUUAUAUAAGCUUUUAGUUAAUUACUUUGGGAGCUCGAGUAUGCUGUUAAAGUUCUGAGGUCAUUGUCACAUAGGCAUCUGGGCUUUGAAAAAUGGAGCUUCCACUAAUGAGGAUUACAGUAUACCUUCUAAAGAGCUUCCAACAAUAAUGCAACCACUUAAAAUAUAAAUAGGUCCAAGUAAGAUAAGGCUACACCAGUCUGUUAAAUAACCUAUUGACUAUAAAGAAGGCUUGACAUCAAAACAACCCCAAAGAGAUAGAAAUGUUCAAAAAUAAUGCAACAGCAAGGUAGAAGCUUUCAGUUUAUGAGACAACAAUCCAAAGCGUAAAGCAACCUUGGCAAAAAAUAACUAAAUGCCCAAAUCAAGUCACUUAAAGAUUACACCAAAUGUUGAGAUGUAUACAUAGAAAUUAGCUGUCCAACCUUGAUAAAAACCCGAACAGAUCUCUAAAUUCUUAUUUUCAUUCUAUUUGCUGAGCAUACUUUGGUUUCCAUUUUUACGAAAGGACGCCAACUUUACAGUACUUUGAUGAGCUUUAGGCAGUUUGAAGUCAAAGGGUGACAGAGUCCUCUGCUAGAAAAUCGCCACACGUAUUAUAAAAUUCUCAUGUCUUUGGUUUAUUCUGUAUUGUAUAUGAGAUAUUCUCUGAAAGACUAUAGCAGUAAUCGCAGAAAUCUCUGUCUACAGUCUCUAGGCCUUAAUAAUUCAAUUAUUUAUAUGAUCUUCCUCUAAUUGACUUAGUGGAUGCUUUUAACUUCCAAGAAACAACCUUCAAUUAAAAAAUACAACCCAAUACCUAAUUGUCACGUGGGGUUUCUUCUUAAGGGAAGUUAGUAAAGUCAACUCCUCCAAUUAUAGUAAGAUCCUUUAUAAUGUUCAUUCCAUGUUCUCAACUGAUCAUAGUUCAAAAGAAAUGGAGAAAAGCAAGUACCUGAUGAGUUUCCUUCUGAUACUUCUCUUGCCAUUGUGGAAUUAUAAAGUAGAUUUUUUGGAGCUACAAAAAAAUUCUAGAUAUUUAGUAAAGAUUCUAGAAUAGCCUAGGAUAGUAUUUUGGAUAAAUAUCUUGAAGAGAUUUCUAGAUAGCCUAGAUUAUUGGUAGGAGAUAAAAUUUACUAGAUUUUUUUUAUAGAUGUAUCUAGAAAAAUUUCUUGAACAAUCCCUAGACAAGUAUA